GAGUUUGGACGUCCUUUUGGAAAUGCACCCUGUAGCCGUGCGAUUUCUAUGCGGCCGGAGGGUUGUCCAUAUUCAGCUGUGCAAUCUUGCGGUACCUGCAAGGUCUAGUUCCUCUGCCUCCCGAAGCCCCAUACCUUCCUCCCGACCACCGUCUUCCGCGACCGUCAUACACAAAUCUCAGCAUGGCUCCCACAACACUGAUCGCCUAGGAGCCUCUGGAGACUACACCUUUUUUGGGAAUAUCAGCUCUGGGGAAGGUGGUAGAACACUGAUAUACACCGGCUCGCUCAACAGCUGGAUACAUCGUUGCAGGCUGUUUGCUGGAGCGAUGACUGUGGUCCCGCUUGUAAGCUUGCCGUGGAUCCUCGAGAAGAGUGUUGUAACGCUCCCACAACUACUUCCUUGGCUGGGAGCAACAUCGGCCAUACCGUGGAUUGUCCUACACGUAUUAUCAAAAAACUAUGUGACCAAACUCUAUAGGUACCCACCGCAACAGCAGCCUGGAGGGGCAGGCAAAAAUCACUCCCUUGCGGAACUCUUUGCAUUCGAAACCCGCACUCUCUGGGGUGCACGUCGUGAGACUGUGGUCCCGUUGUCCCGUCUUCGCUAUAAACCCGGCUGGGUGACGCAAGUAUGGGAAACAGUACCAGAUGUUAGAGGAAAAAAGAGGGGUUUCUUUGUAGAUCCCAGCGUUGUCAAAGGUGAUCCGCUGUUGGGAGGAUUUUGGGAUCAGAUUAAAAGGCAAAGCCCGAAGGUUGCCGAAUCUGAUGACGAUCAAACUGGAACUUUGGCAUCAUAAAUCUGAUGGGAGUAUACCUCUUAUCAAAUCGAUGAAGACGGGUCCUUGUCCUCUCCAUCUCACAAAAGUCAUCUUUUGGCUUUGAAGGCUAGGCAGUGCCGUGUGCAGGGCCCGCUAGAUGGCAGGACAACCGGUGCAGGUUAGAUUAUCUGUAGCAAUCAUUGGUGUGAUUAGAAUUGUAGCACUAGUAAUGGACACAUGGUUGGCUCCCGCUUCUUUUCUGCCUGAUGACGGGUCAAUAAUGAAAUUGCCUGGGCUUCAUGUGUUACAGUGCGCUCACAAAUAUAAAUACAUCUAUUUACGAAGGA